AUGAGUCCUUCAGCUGUCCACGACGAGUUCAACGGCGCCGCUGACGGCCAUGUUGUCCCUGUUAAGACUCCGGCGCGUGCCGCUGGCGAUUGGCACUUUGAUACCGUUCAAGUCCACUCUGGUCUUGAAGACGAGACUGCCCACGGACAGUGCACACUGCCAGUCUACAGUUCAGCUUCUUUCCGAUUCAAGAGCUCCAAAAGUAUUUCAUCUGCCUACAGCUUUGAAGAUGGCCCAAAAAGUCAGUUCUACAUGUACAGUCGGCUGUCAAAUCCCACCACCACAGGAUUCGAGAGGCGGAUGGCUGCCCUUGAGCUUGGUUCCGAAGCCCUGUCUUUUUCCAGUGGAGCUGCCGCUGUCUUGACAGUCGCACAGUCCCUCUUCGUCACCGGCGACAAUGCUGUCGUGUCUUGCUCGGUGCACGGCGGCACUUUUCAUCAGUUCAAGGUCAUCCUGCCUGCAUUGGGGCUCGAGGGCCGUAUUGUUGACACAAACGACAUCGCCAAGGUCGAAUCGCUGGUCGAUGAAAGGACCAAGUUCAUCUUUACAGAGACCAUUGGCAAUCCAAAAUGUGCAGUGGCCGACCUGGAGAAGCUCUCGGCCAUCGCCCGACGGGUUCAGAUACCUCUCAUUGUGGACGCCACUUUCACCGCCGCUGGCUAUUUCUGUCAACCCGCAUCUUUCGGGGCAGACAUUGUGAUUCAUUCGGCCACAAAAUGGAUAGGGGGCCACGGGACAACUCUAGGAGGUGUUGUCAUCGAUACGGGUCGUCCGACGUGGCAAUCGAAUGCGGCUCGAUUCCCACAUCUCCAUGCGAGAAGAGGCCGUAACGGCAGCGAACCCAGUCUUUUUGAGCAGUUCAAAGGAGGAGCCUACAUGACCUUCCUGCGAUGGGACUAUAUGCGGGACACGGGAGCUUGUUUGGGAGCACAGGCGGCUCAGCAGCUCUUCAUUGGCGUCGAAACACUCUCCCUCCGCUGCGAGCGCCAAUGUGAGAAUGCUGAAACGAUAGCAGCCUGGUUGCGAAACCACUCGCGAGUAGCGUGGGUUCGAUACCUUGGUUUUGAAGACCAUGAAUACCAUCAAAUGGCCAAGAAGUACCUGCGAAACGGAUUCGGUACAGUGCUCACCUUUGGUCUCAAGGGCAGUCUCGAUCUGGCUUGGCAAGUCAUUGAUGCCCUUCGACUGAUCUUGAACACGCCUAACGUCGGCGAUGCAAAGACCACCGUUGGCCACCACUGGUCAACUACACACAAGACCUGUUCUGAAGAGGAGAAUGAGGAUAUGGGAGUGUACCAAGACUUGUUUCGGCUAUCUUUGGGCAUCGAGAACGUGCAAGACCUCAUCGCUGAUUUUCAGCAAGCCUUUGACGCAGUUCCACUGAGUGGUUGA